AUGCAAACCGUGUUCAGACCAGUCACACUCCCAACAUAUCACAAGACAUUCUUCCCACUCGUCCAAAUCUCUAUGGACAGCUUUGUCGAGAACUCUUUCAAACGCUCAGUUUCAGUCACCAACACGGUCGCUUCGUUCGAAGAGAAACCACACCGUGCUGUCAGUGCCGCCGUUCAAGAAAACAGUAUCCCACUGACUCUCGACAACUUGUCAAAGAACGGACUUGGAUUCCUUUCAACAGAAGACAAGAACGAGAGAGUCUAUUACUGGACGGAGACUAUCACUGAACAAUGCUUAUACCCAGACCCCUGUUCGCUGUAA